AUAAAAUUUCAGUUGAAAUUGGAAUCUAUAUUUCCAAAUAUUGCUAUUGCCUUACGAAUUUUUUGUACAAUUCCUGUAACUGUAGCAGAAGCUGAAAGGACAUUCAGCAAGCUGAAGCAAAUAAAAAGUGUGCAGCAGUCAACUAUGAAACUAGAACGAUUGAACGGUCUUGCGACUUUGGCGAUUGAACAUGAUUUGGCAAAGUUAUUGAAUUUUGAUGACGUUAUUAACAAUUUUACCUUAGCCAAAUCAAGGAGAGUUUGUUUCUAA